AUGUCCGCCGUCUACUCGAUCUACACCUCGCCCAACCAUGCGCCCAUCCCCAACCACCUGCCGACGCUGAUCGUCACCCCCUACGGCCAGCCCCACCACACCCUCUACUCGUACAUCCACACCAAUUUCAACAAGGAGACCUACCUGCUUACCCCUUCGCCUCAGGGCGACCUCUGCGUCGCCAAGAUGGUGCCCCCUCCCGGCUCGCGCGGCCCUGGCGGCCCCGGCUCGUCCGAUGGCGGGCACUCGGCGGCAAACAACGACCGGACGGUGCGGUGCGAGGCAUCGCGUAACCUGCGAUGGUCGAUUACCAACACCGGCAUCAACGCCCCCGUCUACAAGCUGACGCUGCCCAACCCAGAUGCGCCGGGCAACGAGCAGCCCCUCUUCCAAAUAUCCAAGCCCAACCCCAACGCGACGUGGUGGACCAUGUUUUAUUUCACCUACGCCGGCCACCUCAUCCCGCCCAAGCGGAUCGAGUUUGGCAAGAUCCAGAAGAAUGCCGCGGCGGGCAGCGGCGGCGGCGGAGGCACGAGGGUCAGCAUCACGGGCAAGUCGGCCGAGGAAAAGGCCGUCUGGCAGACGCUGGGCGAGGGCAACGAGGACAUGGUCGAGUGGAUCGUGCUCUGCGCGGCGCUCAACGUGCUCGACGACGAGAUCAUCAAGGCGGCUCAGAAGAGCGAGACUCACGCCGCGCCGAGCGGUGCCAAGGCCAUCCCUUCGAGCCGGCCGUCGGCGGGCAACGGUGGCCCCAGGACCGGGUGGGCCGGCGCCUGA